AUGGUGCUCUCCAAGGCCGUGUCCGAGAGCGACAUGUCCGUGCACUCCACGUUCGCGUCGCGCUACGUCCGGUCGUCUCUCCCAAGGUAUCGCAUGCCGGAGAACUCGAUCCCCAAGGAGGCGGCGUACCAGAUCAUCAACGACGAGCUGAUGCUCGACGGGAACCCGCGCCUGAACCUGGCGUCCUUCGUCACCACCUGGAUGGAGCCCGAGUGCGACAAGCUCAUCAUGGCCGCCAUCAACAAGAACUACGUCGACAUGGACGAGUACCCCGUCACCACCGAGCUCCAGAACCGGUGCGUGAACAUGAUCGCGCAUCUCUUCAACGCGCCGCUGGGCGAGUCCGAGACGGCGGUGGGCGUCGGCACGGUGGGCUCAUCGGAGGCCAUCAUGCUGGCCGGGCUGGCCUUCAAGCGCAGAUGGCAGAACAAGCGCAGGGCCGAGGGCAAGCCGUUUGACAAGCCCAACAUCGUCACCGGCGCCAACGUCCAGGUUUGCUGGGAAAAGUUCGCGAGGUACUUCGAGGUGGAGCUGCGGGAGGUGAAGCUGCGCGACGGCUACUACGUGAUGGACCCCGAGAAGGCGGUGGAGAUGGUGGACGAGAACACCAUCUGCGUCGCCGCGAUCCUGGGCUCCACCCUCAACGGCGAGUUCGAGGACGUGAAGCUGCUCAACGACCUGCUGGAAGUGAAGAACGGGGAGACCGGCGGCGGCUUCAUCGCGCCCUUCCUGUACCCGGAGCUGGAGUGGGACUUCCGCCUGCCCUGGGUGAAGAGCAUCAACGUCAGCGGCCACAAGUACGGGCUCGUCUACGCCGGCAUCGGAUGGUGCAUCUGGCGCAACAAGGAGGACCUGCCGGAGGAGCUCAUCUUCCACAUCAACUACCUCGGCGCCGACCAGCCCACGUUCACGCUCAACUUCUCCAAGGGCUCGAGCCAAGUCAUCGCGCAGAACAUCAUGGAGAACUGCCACGAGAACGCCAUAGUGCUCAAGGAGGGCCUGGAGAAGACGGGCCGCUUCAACAUCGUGUCCAAGGACGAGGGUGUCCCGCUGGUGGCCUUCUCGCUCAAGGACCGCAGCCGGCACGACGAGUUCGAGAUCUCCGACAUGCUACGCCGCUUCGGCUGGAUCGUGCCGGCCACACACCAUGCCCCCGACGCGCAGCACGUCACGGUGCUCCGCGUCGUCAUCCGGGAGGAGUUCAGCCGCACCCUCGCCGAGCGCCUCGUUCUCGACAUCGAGAAGGCUCCCGCCCCUCUACCGCCGGCGCAGCUGGUUAGGAAAAAGUCGGAGAUCGAGACGCAGAGGUCGGUGACGGAGGCGUGGAAGAAGUUUGUGCUCGCCAAGAAGACCAACGGCGUCUGCUAG